AUUGAAACUUGAAAGCAACCUGCAAUUAGUUGACCAUAUGAUCUUUCUUCCAUUACCUACCGUACAUGCUUGUAAAAAGCAUCAGAUUCUGUCAACUUUGCCGAAAGUGCUUCAAAAAAGGACUCUUUCUAUAUAGUCCCCUCAAUUUGCCCCUUUGACCUCUUGUAUAAUACAAGUAUAAACCCCACAAAAAAUCUUAAUCUAUACUUAAAUAGAAAAAGAAAGCAACCCCUUUUAAUGAUUUGUUUUCCAUUUUCAAGAAUCACUCAUAGUUUUUGGUUGAAUAUUCACAGGUUUCCACUCCUUUUUGUCACUUUCAUUACCAAAGAUUUCACCUUUUUAAAGAUAUCUAAAGCCAAACAGCUGGAGGAGGAGAGUUUUGAGCUAUUUGUAAAGUUCUGAAGCAUAUUCUAAGUUAGAACUCAGGGACAGAGAUAGCUGGUUGACUCUUGAUAGCUUCUGCAAGUUAAAAGACAAUGUAUCCAAGGGUUAAGGUGAGGGUACAGAAAGAAGAAGAUGAUCAGUACGCUUAUCAGUCUUUGCCAUCUUUGAAGGCUUUUGAAUCCCUUUCCAUAAGUGAUUUCUCUUCUUCAGAUGAUUCUCCUACAUCAGUUGUGAGGAUACCCCGGGCAUGUAUCUUAAGCCCAGACAGACAUGGGCUUCCAUCAUCGAGAGGGAGAACGAAGGAAAAUAACCAAACCAUUUUUGGUGGAAGCAAAACAAAUACAAGGGCCACUUCAGUCCCUCGACCACGUGCAGUCUUAUCAAGCCCUGUUAAUGAUCAAAUGAUAAGCAUGAGGAGCAAGGCGAAAGCAGAAGUAGUUUCAGACUUGAAGAAUCACAAUUCAUGUCAGAACAGACAUCAUAUCAAGUGCAAAACUUUUCCAAAAUCAAUUCAAGAUUCACAUCAUACAUGUGGAAAUAAGGGCUCAAAAGAGACGGAUGAUGGGAAACUUGAUCCUCGAGCAAGAGCAAGGCUAGUGAAAGGUGAUCCAAGUCGAAGAACACACCUUCAGGAAGGCGAUCAACAUUCAGUUUGUUCAAAAGUAAAACAGUAAGCAGUCCAUUUUGGCUAUGUAGUCAACUCAUUUUAGCCUCUGCAUAUACUAAUUUGAAAAGUUUGUGAGUGAUGCUACUCUACUUGACAAAAGUUAUAACUAAACUUGAAACUCUUCAAAGAGAAACCUUACUCAUCCUCUGUGCAGAAAAUUCUGCAUUUUUAGACUCUUGAUGUUUUGCC